GCGAACGCUCUGAUAUCCAACUAUCUGCUUGCUUUAACAAUUAAAAGCGUCUUGUUCUUUACGCUGCGUUGUGAGCUGUUCUGGCAACGUCUCCAGAGCGGACCCCCCCCCCCCAACGCGGUUGGUGUACACUACUGUAGCCGCCGAUGUCAGUCUUCUCAACGAGGAAGCUCUUCCUCACGAGCUUCUCCUCUUCGCCCGCACGGCGAUGUACGUGGCGUCGCAUAACUGACGUUCACAGACAAGCGGUUUCUUCUCUGCAGAGGCAAAGCCGGAGUGCGGCGUCGACCACCUUCUCCCCAGCGCCCCCCUCUGCCGAUGCAGCCGUGGAGUUGUUUGCCACGCGCCUCCUCUCCGCGCCGCACCGCGAUGCCACCCACGUCGCGUACGGCGAUUGGUUUACCCUGUACGUGGGCGUCCGCAAAGGGUGGAAGGCAACGGCGACUUCCAACGCACAGCGUCGUCCAUUGCCCGGCCAGGGAGAACUGCGGCACGACACGCUGAAGCGGUCCAUCGAUGCCCUUUUCUGGACCAGUCUCUUUGCGCGUCAUUGGUCCGAGGUGCAGCUGCACACCACUGUUGCACCUUCCGCAUCGCACUAUCGCUGGUGGUGGCACCCGGAGGCGUCGUGGCAGACGCGGCCCGCUGCGCUGGAGCUGUGCAGCUGCGACUUCCUGACCGAGCCGCUGCUGGGCGGGCGUUACCUGCGCCUGUGGAUGGAGGAUGUGCGGGCCGCUGCGGCUGCGUUAGACGCCCACAGCGCGGCGAACACGGAUGAGAUGCCCACCGUCAUCGUGCCUUUUUCGGCGCUGUGGGCAAUCAAGCGGAGCGCCUACUGGCGGCCCUCGACGCAACAAAGCGAGGCCGCUUCUCCCCCUGGCGCUGCUGUCGCGGCUGCCUCGCCUCUUUCACUUCAAGAGCGGCAAGCGCGACAGGCCCUUCUCCAAACGGUCGAUCAGCUGCUGCAGUUGCAGUGCGACGCGGCGACAAGAAGCGGCCAGCUUCAGCGAAUAUGCGUCCUCUCGCCCACGCAGGAGUGGGACCUCAUGUGUCAAGCACCGCGGUUCCGGCAGGCGCUGAAUUUUCCUGCAAGCACCGUGAUCCCUCCUUCUCCUCCACCGCCUCGGUGGCUCUCCAUUGGGUGCAUGUGUGAGGAGGCAUCUGCGCGGCUCGCGUACUGUGCGCACGCGUUAUACUGGCAGCAACAGCAGCAACAACGUACCUCGUCGGAUGAAGCAUCGCAACUUACGCCUGUUCGCGUCUUGGCCCCGUCCACGGAGCACGCCCGCCUCCGCGCCUACGCUCUCACCUCUGUGCACGAACACUCGCGUGAGAAGGCGGCCCUCGAACACCGCCAGACCGCUCGACAGCAGCGCGCGUCAUCGUCAUCGGUGUCGUCGGCUGCGGCCGCAACAACCGUUCACGGACAAGCCCGCAGAGGCUGCAGUGAUGCUGCUCGCCGCAUGUCUACGCGUGAGGAGAACCUUCGGCAGUCUUUCUCUGUGCGGUGA